CUCGGCAGCUGGCGAAUUGGCGUGGGCGGCUGGACGGCGCCCGAGCGGCUUGGUCCCUGCGAGAGCUCAGGAUCCACAUGCUGUAUAUUUGGGACAAGCGGUGAAUGAUCAUGGAUGUUUUCACGCAGAUCGGGACGAAGAAUCUCUCUUCUGCCAACAUGUCCAUGGGCAGAUUCGGGUACAACUUCACUAGCGAUUCUCCAUCAAUGUCCAUCAGUAAGCUCUUCCCCGCCUUGUUACAGUGCUUUGGCAUAAUCCUUUGUGGAUAUAUCGCCGGCCGAGCCAACAUAAUCACGUCAACUCAGGCUAAAGGACUAGGAAACUUUGUCUCUCGCUUUGCUCUCCCUGCCUUGUUGUUCAAAAACAUGGUCAUCCUGAAUUUUUCCCAUGUGAAUUGGUCCUUCCUAUACAGCAUCCUGAUUGCCAAAGCAUCGGUAUUCUUCUUAGUCUUCAUCCUAACGUUGUUGGUAGCCACUCCAGCGAGGCGGUUUAGCAAAGCUGGGCUGUUUCCCAUUUUUGCCACUCAGAGCAAUGACUUUGCACUAGGAUAUCCUAUAGUUGAAGCUUUAUAUCAGACCACGUAUCCAGAAUAUCUCCAGUACAUUUACCUGGUCGCGCCGAUAUCUCUUAUGAUGCUAAAUCCCUUAGGAUUUAUCUUCUGUGAAAUCCAGAAAUCCAGGGACACUCAGACUGCUUCUCUCAGCAAGAUCAAGAUACUGGGGCUUGGACUUCUUCGAGUGUUGCAGAACCCCAUUGUAUUUAUGGUCUUCAUAGGAAUUGCCUCAAAUUUCCUUCUUGCCCAAAAGGUUCCGGAAUAUCUGGAAAACUUCCUUGAUGGACUCGGGAGUUCAUUUUCUGGCUCAGCACUUUUUUAUUUGGGGCUCACCAUGGUGGGCCAAAUAAAGAAACUAACAAAGGGCUCUUUUGUUGCACUGAUUCUUCUUAUUACAGCUAAACUACUGUUGAUGCCACUUCUCUGCAGGGAAAUGGUGGAGUUAUUGGACAAAAGCAACAGCUUAGUCAACCACACCAGCUUAGCAAACUAUGCAUUUCUUUAUGGGGUCUUUCCAGCUGCUCCUGGCGUGGCUAUAUUUGCAACGCAGUUUAAUAUGGAAGUAGAAAUUAUAACGUCUGGAAUGGUAAUUAGCACUUUUGUCUCUGCUCCCAUCAUGUAUGUUUCUGCUUGGCUGCUGACUAUUCCAUCUAUGGAGCCAAAGAAACUGGCAUCUGCAAUCCAAAAUGUUAGCUUUGAUAUUAGUAUUGUCAGUCUUGUUUCUUUGGUGUGGUCCCUUGCUGUCAUUCUUCUGAGUAAAAAAUACAAACAGCUUCCUCACAUGCUUACAACUAACUUACUAAUUGCUCAGUGUGUUGCCUGCAUCGGAAUGGUGAUGUGGAACUUCACUAUUGAGGAAAGAAGUAUCACUGUGCAAAUACUUGUGUUCGUUUUCCUGUAUAGUGCACUUUAUAGUGCUUUUUUGUGGACAGGUCUCUUGUCCCUGUCUCUGCUGCUUUUGAAAAAAAGAGAAGCCAUCAAGGUUCCUGUUGGAGUUACCAUGGUAGUUGGCUGGGGAAUCCCAGCAAUUCUCAUUGGAAUCAUGUUACUAGCUGGUGAACGAAAUAAAGAUGUCAUUGACUCUGCGUUUUUUUAUGGGAAACUCCAGAUGAUUGGCACGGCAGUAAUUGUAUUCAUCAGCAUAUUGAUCUCAGGUGUGUCACUCAUGUGCAUGAACAGAGCUGGCCCAGAGGCCAACUGUGAAGUCCUGACCCAACAGUCCCACUUGAGUGGAUCAGAGGAACCCGAAAGGGAUAUAAAUGAGCAAUCCCCGUCUUCAACCCGUGUUUCUCAAUCAUUGGCAAACUCUUCCAUAGGAAAAGGGUGCUGUGCGUGCCAAAAGCAGUAUGGAGAGUUGUGCUCUUCUGAAGGAGAGCUGGCAUCUACCUCUAGUGCCAAUGAUAACUGCAGUCCAUCUAUUGAGACAGCAAAUCAGUGCUUGAGUCCGUGCAGUUCUCAGAGCUGCAUUUUGGCACAGGAAGAGCAGCUUCUGCAGGUUGGGGACAAACAGCUGGCCAGACACGUGCUGCUGUGCCUCCUGCUCAUCGUAGGCCUCUUUGCCAAUCUUUCCAGUUGUUUGUGGUGGUUAUUCAACCAAGAACCUGGAAGACUCUACGUGGAACUGCAGUUCUUCUGUGCCGUAUUUAAUUUUGGUCAGGGAUUCAUUUCUUUUGGAAUAUUUGGCUUAGACAAGCAUUUAAUUAUUCUUCCAUUCAAACGAAGGUUUGAGUUCCUCUGGGGUAACAGAGAAGCAGGGGAAAGAAGGGAUUCCUCCAUACCUGAGGAAAUCCGGAUGACGUGCCAACAGUUUGUUCAUUACCACAAAGAUUUGUGUGUCAGGAGUAUUGUCCAGGACAGAAGGUGUGGAGUAAAGAUGGCCACCGGCGUCUUCUUUGGCUGUGACCUGGUGAACUGGCUCGUCGAAGUCGGCCUUGCCUUAGACCGUGGGGAAGCUGUGGUGUACGGAGACAGACUGGCGAAAGGCGGCAUCAUCCAGCACAUUACCAAUGAAUUUGAGUUUCGGGAUGAGCCGUUACACUAUCGUUUUGUUCCCAGAAGAUCUGUGGCAAGAGAGAGCCACGGAAAUGGGGAGAUCCUUCGAAGCUUAGCCUGACAGGGUUUUCCAGAACACUCUGCUCUGACACUUUUAUGUGGCACAGCUGUUCAGUUCUCAGCCCUUAUAUUGUUCUAUUUGUCUCCCACUCAAAGAGACUUAUAUUUAACACUUAUUUAAUGCUGACAUGCAGUAGGUCACUUCAGGGAAUUAUUUUAACUCGUAUAAAUUCAAAAAAUAGGAUAUGUUUGGUUCUUUUUUAAAAAAAAAUGUGGACAGGAGUCACUGUAGUAACCAAUCCAGUUUUCUGUUCCUGACUGUGCAUAAUCUACUUCUGAGGAAAACUGUUCUCUCCUGGGUGGUUGGGGUUUUUCCUCCCGUUUGUGCUCUUUGUAUCACGUGACGCACUGACAAAAAAAGAACCGGCUAAGGUUGGCUCUUGAAAAGCUCUUCUUGGCUUGUGCUGUCCCUUUUUCCUUUUUGAAGGCAAAGCCUCCAUUUAAGCUGACACUGUGAGUGUUUGGGAGGAUUAGAACUGAGAAAGAAACAGAUGAGUUUUGCUCUUUGGGGUCUUGUCUGAGCAAGCCAGUCCUUUAAAGACCUCAGAAGCAAGCUGCGAUCCUGUACCCUGUCAGUUGUUUUACUACUGAAGUCUGUGGGGUGUAAACCAGCCUAAGGGUAAGCAGGAUUGCCACCAAAACAUUAAUUUUUUUAGCGUGUUCCUUCUGUUCUAAAUUGCUCUCAGAGGAGCAGUUGGCAUAGAACUACUGAACAAUGAAUUCAUUUUCACAAGCCUCAAAGUACUCAUCAGACUGGCUUUAGUCGAUGUCUGUGAGGUUGUGGCUAAUUUGCAUGUCUUAAAUUAGACCAAAAGCCUUUAUUAAAAAUGAAUAUAACCAAAUACUUGAAUUAGGUUUGAUCCCCCCCCAUAUGCAACCUGAAGAACACAACAAUGUAUCUUUAUUCUUGGAAUAAGGGUUUGGGGUGUGGGGGGAAACCUUUAUUUUCAUGGGCUUCUUAAUAGUUAAGAUUCAGUCAAGUGCCAGUAACAACCCCCCCCCCCCAGUUAGGUUCUACUGGGUUUUUUUUAUGCCCACGUGUUUUUUCUGGCCCGUCUAUCUUGUCCCUUUUCUCACUGUGAGCUGGCGAAGAACUCUAGAGAAUGGAAUGGCAUUUAUUGAUCUUUUUUAAAAGGAAGAGGAAUGUAAACUUUCCAUAUAAUUACUAAUUGCUAGUGUAACUGGAAUAAUCUGAAAUGAAUUUGUAACAGGACUUCGUUAGAUCUGCAUUGGUUAUCUUCCUCUAACAACCCUUCAUUUUUGGCUGUUGGGGUGGUGUAGUUAAUUUUGGUAGGGGUAUGGAUGUAUUUCAAAGACAGGCUUCUUAAACUUUCGGCUGUGGUCCCGUAGUAGUAGGAGUUAGUCCUAACAGCCUCAAGUACAAUCAGUAGCCACAAUUGAUGUACAUCAAUAUGCAUGAAAGAUGUGACCUGGAAAACCACUUACUUUUGCAGUCAAAUGUGUAACUAGUACAUCGAUGUCAUACAUGAAGAGUUUGCUGACAAAGUUUCUUCUGUCUUGUACGCAAACUUUAAUGAAGAAAAUUGUGUUUAAAGUAAAGUGUGGUUUCACCUGAUCUGCAGCUGAAAAUGGAGGUGCAGCUGUUAUAUUUUGGAAGCCAAUCAUGUUUCUGUCUAUUUUGCAAAGAAUUAUGGAGAAAUCCAUUUUGGAAGUAGUUUGUCAUUCUACGCUCUCUGCAUU